GGACAGUCUAGAAUUUUCUUCACUGAUAAAACCCUAGCCCUUCAUCUACGGAUAUAAAUAUACGCCUUAACGACGCCGCCUGGCCAGAGAGUUUGUCGCUGUCCGGAGGAAGAGUACCACGCCAGAAGUCAUCUACUGAGUUGCCGGACAGUUUCCUUCGCUGGAGAGGAAGAACAGCCGGUGUAUCACUAUGCCGGACUACCAGGUCGUUUUCACGACGAGGAAAGAGACGCCGGAGAUACCACCCACUGCCGUCGAUCAUCAGACUACUGCUAUCUUUCCAUAGGUGAGAAGAACAGCCUAUCAUUGAGAGCCGGCCGGACUGACGACCAUCCCUUGCUGGAGGAGGAAGAAGAUCGCAGCUGCUGAUUCGUGUCAACCGGGCACCUGUUUGGCCGUUGUGACACUGCGAUGCCAUCAUUGGGAGAAGGAGCCGAAGUUGUCGCCGUUGGCCCUGCGUCUAGUUGCCGAAGGCGAAGACGACUGAGAACAAAGGUGAAUUUGGAAAAGAUUGAGAUAUAGAAGCUUUGGUUGGGAAUUAUCGCGAUUGAGGUAAUGCUUUGCUGAUGAUGUUGAUUUCGAGAGAGCUUCCGCUAGAGAAAAUGGAUAUCUUUGACUUCAAUGUCUCAUUCAACAAUCACUCUGAAUUCUGAUUUGCCUCGUGCUGCAGAAUUGGAGAAAUGGGCUAUUGACCACAAGUCCACCCUCGAUGCUGUGAAGGCUGGUCGCAAGUUCUUGGAUGCUGGCUUCCACCUAGCAAAUCCUGACAACGAAACAAUCACCCCAGUAGCUAAAGUCCCUGCUAUCAUUCCUCAAGGAAGGCCUAUUUGGAUCAAAGGCACAAUCACUUUGGUCUUAGAAAACUAUAGCCUCUGGUAUAUUGCUUGUAGCCAUUGUGCCAAAAUAAAAUACGCUGGUUGUGAUGCAAUAUUUCACUGCAUGAGUUGCGGUCAAGAAAAUGCUUAUGGCGUUCCAAGGGCCAAAUUACAUGUCACAAUCGAAGAUGAGACAGGAUCUGUCAGUGGAAUAAUGUUUGGCUUGUGCGCUGAAAAGUUAUUGCUUAUGACAAGCAAGCAAGUCAUGGAAAUAGAAUCACAGGGAAAAAAAGCUUCAUUCCCAUACAUAAACAAGCGCCUUGCUAAGGAAGAGUACAUAGUCCAGUUGAGGUCUUCACCAGACAAUUGGAGUUCAAAAAACAACUAUCCUCGUACUUCAAAGACAUCUUAUAUCAUAACAUCUUUGCACGAGUCUUCGUUGCACAUAAUAAAGAUGGAUGAAGCAAAUGUUGCCGAUCACACUGCACCCAAUGAAAGCACAAGCACUUCAAGUCCUCCAAUGAAACGCAUCAAAACAGUGUGACGGAAAAUACACAACCAUCCAAACCAUUCCACGACUCACCAAAAUGUGUUAUUACAUUCAAAUACUUUCAUUUUUGCAGAACUAUGUUCCAUUUUGAUUUUUGAAUGUUA